AUGGGAGAGAGAAAUGACGACGAGGAUCAGAAGAUGGAGGAUAUAUUGUUGCCCGGGUUUAGGUUUCAUCCAACCGACGAAGAGCUCGUUAGCUUCUAUUUGAAGAGGAAGGUUCAACACAACCCUCUCUCCAUUGAGCUCAUAAGACAACUCGAUAUCUACAAAUACGACCCCUGGGAUCUUCCAAAGUUUGCGAUGACGGGUGAAAAAGAAUGGUACUUCUAUUGUCCAAGGGACAGGAAGUACAGGAACAGCUCGAGGCCUAACCGAGUUACUGGAGCCGGUUUUUGGAAAGCCACGGGAACGGACCGGCCUAUAUACGCGUCUGAAGGAAAUAAAUGUAUAGGUUUAAAGAAGUCAUUAGUUUUCUACAAAGGAAGAGCUGCGAAAGGAGUUAAGACUGAUUGGAUGAUGCAUGAGUUUCGUUUGCCUUCUCUCUCCGAACCAUCUCUUUCUUCAAAGAGGUUCUUUGAUUCUCCUGUCCCUCCCAACGAUUCAUGGGCUAUAUGCAGAAUCUUCAAAAAGACAAACACGACGACCCUAAGAGCUCUCUCUCACUCCUUUAUUUCCUCGUUACCACCAGAGAAAAGCAUCGAUACAAUGAUCGACCAAAAGCCAUCAAACGCAUCCCACUUCACUUCAGAAAAAACCCUCAAUACUAGCUCUCACUUCCAGUUUCACCAUGAGAAUAUGAACACUCCCAAAACUAGUGACAGCACAACUCCUCCUGUUGCCACUAUAACUCCCUUCUCUUACUUGGAUUACACUUCCUACGAUAAAUCCACCAACGUUUUCAAUCCGCUUUCAUAUUUAGACCAACAACACCUCACAAAUCUCUUUCUUGCCACACAAGAAACACAAACUCAGUUUCCCAUGCUCAUCUCGUCUAAUGAAAUCCCACCGUUUCUCCUAAACACGUCAACAGAUUCGACCUUCUUGGGAGAAUACACAAGCCAUAUCGACCUCAGUGCGGUGUUGGCCCAAGAGCAGUGUCCUGCCCUUGUAAGCCUACCACAGGACUAUAAGGAGAAAGGGCUUGAAGGAAAUGAGGAAAUGAAGAACAUGUGUGGUUCCAGUGAAGAUCAUCUUAGUCACUGUGGCACACUUCGGUUUGGUGAUUUAGCUUCAACACUUGAAGAGAACCAUUGUCACCAUUAUCAAGACGUGAAACAUAACACGACAUUGUUGGAGAGUUAUGAUUCAUCGUAUUCGUCCAUUAAUGGCGAAUUUCCCGCUUGUUUCUCCACUACUUGA